AGCCCCGCCCCUGUAGGAGGGGCCCGGCGCGCCUGGCCCGGCCCAGCGCGGCGGCGGCGGCGGCGAUGGGGAGUCGGGGCGUGCGGCUCCGCGGGUAAAGGGAGGCUGAGGCGCGCCCGCCGCCACCUGGGAGGCCCGGCCGCAGGUUCUGUAAAUUAUCAGCUUCACCAUCUGGAAAAUGCAGAUCUUAAGUCCCUGUUGAAGUAAAGACUGUGAGCCAGAGAAUGAAGGUACCUGUUGUCUGGUAGUUAAACAUGGAAAUUCUAGGUUGAGCAGAAACUCAGACCAGAAAACAGUGUGAAAAGAGUUCUGUUUCUUCCUCUUUCUGCCGCCUCACUUCCCAGCCAGGGGCAGGGCAGAGGCAAUGGUGUCCUAGCAGAGACGUGGGUGACCAGAGGAGCUGACCUUGGAGAAACACAGCCUUGGGCUUCAAGAAUGUCUUGAGAGAAACUGGGAGAUAGCAUAAAUCUUCGUAGACAACUUGGCUGCAAGCACUUAAACUGAAAUUAACUUCUGCCUUUUGGCUGCGGAGUGUUGGUCUGACGUUCGUGCGUGAUACUCUGCAGACUAAAUCAUGCCAGCGUUAUCAACUGGAUCUGGAAGUGACACAGGUCUGUACGAGCUGCUGGCUGCAUUGCCAGCCCAGCUGCAGCCACAUGUGGACAGCCAGGAAGACCUGACCUUCCUCUGGGAUAUGUUUGGUGAAAAGAGCCUUCAUUCACUGGUGAAGAUUCAUGAAAAACUGCAUUAUUAUGAAAAACAGAACCCCGUGCCCAUACUCCACGGUGCAGCAGCCUUGGCAGAUGAUCUGGCGGAGGAGCUGCAGAGCAAACCGCUGAGCAGUGAGGUCAGAGAGCUGCUGAAACUCCUCUCCAAACCCAACCUCAAGGCUUUGCUCUCUGUACAUGAUACUGUUGCUCAGAAGAACUAUGAUCCUGUCUUGCCCCCCAUGCCUGAUGACAUUGAUGAGGAGGAAGACUCAGUUAAAAUAAUCAGGCUCGUCAAAAACAGGGAGCCAUUGGGUGCUACUAUUAAAAGGGAUGAACAGACUGGUGCAAUUGUGGUGGCCAGGAUAAUGCGUGGAGGAGCUGCAGAUAGAAGUGGUCUUAUUCAUGUUGGUGAUGAGCUGAGGGAAGUCAAUGGGAUUCCUGUAGAUGAUAAAAAACCUGAAGAAAUAAUACACAUUUUGGCUCAGUCUCAAGGAGCAAUUACAUUUAAAAUUAUACCUAGUGUAAAGGAAGAAAUGCCAGUAAAGGAAGGCAAGAUGUUUAUCAGAGCCCUAUUUGACUAUGAUCCCAAAGAGGAUAAAGCAAUUCCUUGUAAAGAAGCUGGCCUUGCUUUCAGAAAAGGAGAUGUCCUUCAGAUCAUGAGCCAGGAUGAUGCAACCUGGUGGCAGGCCAAACACGAAGGUGAUGCCAAUCCCAGAGCAGGCUUGAUCCCUUCAAAGCAUUUCCAGGAGAGGAGAUUUGCACUAAGAAGACCAGAAGUACAGAUUCAGCCACUGAAAAUUUCCAACAGAAAAUCAUAUGAGGAAGCGGUUGAGUGUGAGGAAAUUGAAGAAGAUGCUGAAUGUGCUGGUCACAACAGUGGAUCCUACCUAGCUGGUUUUAGAAGAAGCUUUCGUCUUAGCAGAAAAGAUAAAAAAACAAACAAAUCUAUGUAUGAGUGCAAGAAGAGUGAUCAGUAUGAUACAGCAGAUAUCCCAACAUAUGAAGAAGUUGCAAAAUAUAGACGACAACCUAAUGACAAAUACAGACUUGUAGUUUUGGUUGGUCCUGUGGGGGUUGGACUGAAUGAACUUAAACGAAAAUUGCUGAUCAGUGACACUCAGCAUUACGGGGUAACGGUGCCACACACUACCCGACCAAGGAGAAGCCAAGAAAGUGAUGGUGUUGAAUACAUUUUCAUUUCCAAGCACUUGUUUGAGACAGACGUGCAGAACAACAAGUUUAUCGAGUAUGGCGAGUAUAAGAACAACUACUAUGGUACAAGUUUAGACUCUGUUCGAUCCGUUCUAGCUAAAAACAAAGUAUGUUUGUUGGAUGUGCAACCUCAUACAGUGAAACAUUUACGGACAUACGAAUUCAAACCAUUUGUUAUAUUUAUAAAGCCUCCAUCACUUGAACGUUUGAGAGAGACCAGAAAAAACGCCAAGAUUAUUUCAAGUAAAGAUGAUAAGGGAACUGCAAAACCCUUUACAGAAGAAGAUUUUCACGAAAUGAUUAAAUCUGCCCAUGUGAUGGAGAGCCAGUACGGCCACCUUUUCGAUAAGGUCAUAGUCAACGAUGACCUCGCUACAGCUUACAGUGAGCUUAAAACAACUUUUGACAGGUUGGAGACCGAGACCUUCUGGGUUCCCGUCAGCUGGCUGCAUUCGUAGCAUUUCAAAUAGACAAAACACCUGCUGUUGUCUCAGCAUCUAACUGUGGGGCGUGGUUCGGCAUUGCUUGAUGGCUGCUUUCUUGGUAGGAGGGCUUCUAACUCAACCUGAGCAGCAGGUGCACUCUUUGUCCACUUGGAACUGGUCUUGUUUUCCUGUCUCUUCAGUCCUCCUGCCCACAGUUUUGUGGCGGAACACUCAGAUUAAACCCAAGUCUUACUAUGCUCCAUAAAGUGAGCUAAUGCUAGUGUAACAAAACUGCCAGUCACCUCUGUCAUCAUCUGUGUAUUUCCAAGGUAAGUUUUUUAAUGGAGCGUUUGCAGAAAAUACUAAUUAAUACUGGAGAUCAGCACUUUGGUGGUUUUAAGCAUAACAGCUCCCAUAAAGAGCACAUCUGCACCUGUAAGUCAUUACCACUGAAGUGCUUGAGGGAACUGAAACAGGCAAAAGUGACCAAGGUUUUUAUGAGGAAGACAUCGUAGUUUUAAUUAUGUAUCAAGAUAAGUGUUUUUACUUUGUUGGAUGUGAACCGUGUCUUAUCUGUACAGAGUGAUUUUAGUAUUCCUUUGCACUUACAUAGUCAUGGAAAGAAAGAUGUAUUCAGUGGCUUAAUUGUGAAAUACCGUGCUGUGAGCGUGCAUGGAUUGAAAACAUUUUCAUGCAUGCUUUGUGGCACAACAAGGAAAACUCACAGGAAUAUUUAUUUAAAUAGGGAAAAAAUGUGAGUUACUAUGUAUAUAACUUCAAAGUCUUUGGGAUUAAUCUUCUGUAAAAUCAGUGGCAAAGUGAUAUAAAUAGCAACAAAGUAGAAACAUUUUUUUUUCCUUUAAAUUGAUUUGAUUAAUUUUUGGCAUCCUUUAGAACAGUUUCCCCAUCAACAAUUUUCAGACAAUUAGCAAGGAAACUUUGAACAUCUGGGAAGCAGUUGCAAGAGAUUAAUUAUUUUUAUCGUUUAUUAGGUAGUGAUGCUUUGUAGUAGUGGAGCAGAUAUUUUGUUUCCACCCCCAAAAAUUUAAUGAUGCAGACUUCACUGUAAAAAGUAUCCUUGGCACUGGCCAGACACAGUUGGAAACCUUAAUGUGGCAGUGUCAGCAAAUGUAUAUUAGAUUAUGUAUUUUUAAUAUAGAUAAUUUGGUAUUUUUGUUUCUUUACUACUGAUAUGCAGGAAGUGAGUACCUCUGUAAAGACCAAGUAACACCUGUGUGUUGUGUUGUGAAUAUGUCCUGUAAGUACAGAAUGUUUAUAGGAACUUGCCGACUUCAGAUCAUCACAUCUGUGGCAUUCAAACAGGAAAACAUUAUUUCAUGUUAAUCUGUAAAGAGAAUAUAGCUGUCUUGUUUAAAGAAAAAAGAAUUUAGUGAAACUUUAUAUAUUUAUGAAAGAGUUGAAAAGGGAUGUUAAGUUUUUAAAUUUCUUGUCAAUGUGAUCAUUUACUAAGGAGAUUACUAAGUCUGUAAUUUGAAACACUGUCUCUGUAAAUGGAGCUCAACAUUCCAUGUAAAUAUUUUAUUUUAGUUUAUACAGCGAUAAAGCCAUCAGAUCUUGCAGUUUUAUUCUAAAUGCGUAUUUAAUGUGUGGGUCAUUGCAUUUGACUUAGAGUUGUAUAAAAUAAAUGAAAUGCAAGCAACAACAGCAAAAUCCCUAGGAGUCUGGAAAUGUUUAUGCAGGAGUUACAGAUGUACUGAAUCCCAGUACAGACACACACUCUGCUCCUACAGCUAUAAUGUAACUUUUGUCAAAUUUCACCGUUUUCCUGGUGGACGUCAACUGUUUUGGUAACAUAAAUAGAAAAUUGUGGAUUAAAUUAAUUGCAUGAAAAUUAUGCGAGUUGCAAAAACAUUUUAUAUGUUUUUUUAGAUACUGGAAAUCAAACUGUUUUUCAGGGGAUCUGGAACUCAGUGGGUCUGUUUGCCUUUGUCCACGAGACGCCGAGUGCCCUCGCCAUCUCUUGCAACCAACCCAAACUGAGAGGGCACUCGGCAUCUCUUGGGGUCUGGCCAUUUCCAACGCGAGGGGCUUUAGUCCUCACGGAAACACUCCUGAUGCUGCUUCAAACCUGGGCUGUCUCAGAACAUUAGUGUACGGUAAUGCUCACGUAAGGGACCUGCUUUUCUCUUUAAGAAAUAGAUGCUAGAAUAAUCUGCAAGCUCGCUGUUCGGCACAGUCCUGGCCGUCCUGCAGGCUGUUUUGCUCGUCCUUUUGAAAUGCACUGAAUUCCCGCCGCUGGGUCGGUGCGGUGUGGGAGGAGGUUCGGCAGCAGGUUUGCCGUGCGGGGCAGCCGUCAGCAGCGCGGUGCUUCGCGGCCUUUGCGGAGACGCUGACCCUCGGAUCCCCAGCACCGUCCUGGCAGGAGCUCCCCAGACGGAUGGAUGGCUGCCUGCCCCGUCUCCCAGCCAGGAGCUAAUUCCUGAACUGUAACACCUGCGAAAGAAAGGGAAUCACAAAAGCAUAAAUCCAGCCAACAGAGUAAAAUGUGCACAGAAUCUUCAAGGGGUGAGGAAUAGUUGUAACUAAAUUACUAGUUGGCUCUUGAAAAUCAGCAUUAUUGUACUGCUUACUUAAAAAAACAAUUGAAGCCACUGACAUUGGUGAGGCAGGCAGAGAUGAUAGCAGGUCAAGGCACGAAAAUGUUUUAGCCCAACAGUUUCGACAGGACAAGAACCCGUUUAUUGUGAUGGACACUGAGCCCGUGUGCUGAAUUGUUCUGGGAUACCAAGGGUGGGAAGAUUGUUCCUUUGACUCCUAGGAAUUUGGGAACAAAGACGACUAAACGUGUUUCCAAUAUUCCACAUACUCAAGUUGUGCUGUGUGGGUUUUUAGAGAACUGUAUGUUUUGACAGUCAAGUCCAGAUGUUUUUAUUGUGUUUUAGCUGUUUGCCAUAGUCAAAUAAAUGGUAGUAUUUUUUAAUAUUGUACCAAGCUCUAUACUUGAAUUUGCCAUCAGGUCCUUGGUUGAUGUCUUACCUGAAAUCUGAUCUUACCUUCUUAUGCAAAACAAUAAAUUAUUGAUAUAACACUGAA